AUGUAAUUUAAAUUGCUAUCUCAAAAUCGAGUCCAAACAUAACCCACAUACAUUCACACUCUAGACAAUAAAUCAUUUAUUGUUAGCUAUACUGAUAAAACCUUUGAAGCCUACACAGAAGCUAAGAGAUAUAGUUUAAAACAAAAUUUCCCAUCUGCCUUAUGUGGAUAGAAUAUUUCAGAAGACACGGUUUUGAUCUUCAACUCUAUAUUUAUAGUGUCUUUUAGGAUUGGAAAAUGGAAAUGGAUUACUUGUGCGAAUUAGAAAUGAUCAAGCUGAUUUCAAUCUAUAAGAAUGGCGGGAGAAAUAAUACAAUCUAACUUUCUCUGUAGCCAUUAUCUUUAUUGGUAUCAUCCAUAAAAUUAUGAGGCAAAAUAAAUUAAUAAUAGUACAUUGCUGUCCAUGAAGAUGGAACUCUACUUAUACUCCAAUAGUCUAAUGAUGUUCAAUUUACUAAAAUUACAAAAUUAAAAUACAAUAUAAAUAUUGGAUAGGCUUAUUUUAAUUAAGAAAUUGGAAUCAUUACUUCAGCUAAUCUUAUUUUCACUUUAGCUGCUAAUUAAAUAUCUAAAUAUACUCAUUGGGAAUUAGAUAAAUUCAGAUAAUUAAGUGCAUCUCAACUCAAAUUAUUUGGGUAGACCAUCCAUUAAUAUAAUGAUUAUUGGAAAUAGCAAUGUUAAAUUAAUGGCACUAUCUAUAAGAUGUUAUAUCAUAAAACUAUAAUAUAUCUUAUCACUGAAAAGGGAUAUUUUUAUACAUUAAUUCAUAAAAUGAAUUCAAUUGAAAUUGAAAAAAUAAUUGAUUUCAAUUAUUCAAAACCACUUCAAUUAAAUCUAAUUAAUGAUGACUAUCUACAUAUAUCAUUUCAAGGCUCUUAAUUAUUAUUGUACAAUCUUAAGAAUAAAGUUGUCUCAACAUUAUUAUCGUAUAUUUUUAAUUAAUCUUCUUAGAAUUAAAUCAGAUAAAUAAUUGAUAGGUUCAAGAAUAGAAAGAAAAGAUAGCAAUUUUCUUAUACUAGUUAUCUAUAGAAAUAAACCUUCAAAUUUUUUAGAAUUGUAUCCACCAAAAUUAUGUGAUGCUCAUGUUAAAUUGAUUUCUAGUAUUAAUAAUGUGGAAUGA